AUGGCAGACCUCGCGCGCGAGGAAGCCGAGCGGUACUUCUCUCAUCGCGAACAUCCGGCAUCUCAUCCCGAAGAUCGCGACCAGGACUCGAUACAUUUGUCCGACGACCAGGCUGAGCCCGAGCACGACGACUUCUCCGAUCCAGGCACAGACGACGACACGAUAGCCAACAUGGCGACCAUGACGACCACCAAGACCACGUACCAUCUUCCAACACAGACACACUUCGCCAAUACGGGGCCCAAGGGCGUUAUUGCGGACGCCCAGUCCUACAAUCGAGCUAAGCAGUCCACCUUCCGACAACGGCUGGCCAGCUUUGCCAACAACCUGGCCUCGAACGGGAAGUCAACGGCCGCGACCGCCGUCACAGAGAAGAAGGACAAACGGCGAUCCAUAUUCGGGACCUCCCCAAAGUCGAUCACGUCUUCGGACUCUGAAAAUAUCGCCCUGUCCGACGAUGACGCAGACUCAGAGUUCAUGCAGACAUGGCGAGCCAACCGGCUCCAAGAACUCUCCACGCAAUCCCAGUCUGCGUACCAGAGGAAACCCAGCCAACGAAGCUGGGGCACAUUCCAGGAAGUCGAUGCGAAUGGCUAUCUCGACGCCAUCGAGAAGGUGUCGGACGACACCUACGUGGUGGUGAUGAUCCACGACCCUGCCUCGUCACGGAGCGCCGAAGUCGAGGACGAACUGGGCAUGCUUGCCUACAAGCACAACACGACACGCUUCGUCAGGCUCGAUUACCAGCUCGCCGAGAUGGAGACGGUCGAAAUUCCAGCCGUCCUGGCAUACCGGGCCGGCGAGGUCGUCGCUACAAUAUCCGGCGCCAAAGCCGAGGGCCUAGAAGGUGUAUUAUUACAGUAA